GAAAGCCCCGUGGACCUGCAAUUUUCUUCACUCCCCAACCAUGGCGGAAUCCUCUGCUGAUACACCAUCCCCUUGGGCUCCAGACCCAAAACCAGCAGCCGAAAAUGACCGGCUGCACGUCUUCUGGCACGAGGGUAUGCUCGAACACGACACGGGUCGGGGCGUAUUUGAUACGGGCAUGGAUCCGGGUUUUCUCGAUGUGCUGGAGAACCACCCGGAGAAUUCGGACCGGGUCAGGAACAUGGUUUCCAUACUGAAACGGGGCCCCAUCUCUCCUUUCGUCUCCUGGCAUCAAGGAAGAUCUGCCCUCAUCUCUGAAUUGCUCACUUUCCACACUCAAGAAUACAUAAACGAGCUAAUCGACGCAGACAGAAAUACCCACAAUCACGACCAAAGGACAAUCUGUUCCGGCACAUUCCUUAACCCCGGUUCAUGGGGCGCCGCACUUAUUGCAGCAGGUACAACUAUUUCCGCAAUGCGACACAUUCUCGACGGGAAAAGCAGAAUUGCCUAUGCCCUCGUCCGUCCGCCAGGUCACCACGCCCAGCCAAGCCAAGCUGAUGGCUAUUGCUUCCUUAACAACGCAGGCCUUGCUGUCCAAUCAGCCUUAAAUUCAGGCCUUGUUCGUAAAGUAGUUGUUAUUGAUAUCGAUGUGCAUUAUGGGAAUGGGACAGCUGAGGGCUUCUAUAAGUCUGAUAAAGUCCUCACUAUUUCGAUUCAUAUGAAGCAUGGGUCGUGGGGCACUUCUCACCCGCAGACUGGGAUUAUGAGCGAACUCGGGGAAGAAGAAGGGUUCGGGUAUAAUCUGAAUUUGCCUUUGCCGAAUGGGACUGGGGACAGAGGGUAUGCAUAUGCUAUGAACGAACUAGUUGUACCGGCUGUUGAGAAAUUUGGACCUGAUUUCAUGGUUUUUGUCAUCGGGCAAGAUUCUAGUGCGUUUGAUCCGAAUGGAAGACAAUGCCUGACAAUGGAAGGCUAUAGAAAAAUCGGGCGGAUAAUACGUGAAUUGGCAGACAAACAUUGUGGCGGGCGGGUCUUAAUUGUCCAAGAAGGCGGAUAUCACUUGACAUAUUCAGCUUAUUGUCUGCAUGCAACUCUCGAAGGUGUGCUUAAUUUUCCUGCUACUUUGUUAUCUGAUCCUAUUGCUUAUUAUCCGGAAGACGAGGCCUUUACCAUCCAUAUAGUCGGCUCCAUAAAAGAAUAUCAUAGACAAUUUGUCCCAUUCUUGAAAUCGGCUUAAACCUGUAAACUUUUGUGGGUUUGUGUUUUCCUGUAAGCAUUUUGUGCUUACAGUUGUGAACUCUUUGUGUCAGCUUUAAGAUCUAUUGAUUUCUUAUUAUGUUGCUCAA